AUGAGAUCAGGCACUCCGACUCGAGCGAGGCAGAAAUGCCUGAUCUGGUUUCAACGCUUUUUCAGCUCCUUUUUAUACUCGUUUGAGCCAUACAUCCUCAUCACUUCAACCAUUCACAUCAGUGAAAAGCUUAUUUCAUGUACCAACUAUUUUCCUCCUGUUCAUGUGCAGUCGACUCCCCAUCAUGAGUACCAGAGUGUAAAACAUUUACUGAACAUAAUGAAGAUGACCAGGGAAGUGUACAACAUCCUUUCACGUCACAACUACAAUCUGACCUGCCGUGUAAACAUCGAGGUCAAGGGGAAAGAAAAAUUUCUGGAAAAGUUUAAAAAAAUUAGAACAUAUGACUCUGAUCAAAAAUCAUUCGCGUUGACACUGUAUUUGUAUGGGCAUAAGGCAUAUGAUUAUCUUUGGACAAAUGGCUUACAUCUUCCUCACUUUAGGACACUAAGAAAAUAA